AUGUACAACUUUCAAAUUUUGGCAAUAGCUAGCCUCGUUGCUUUUGCAGGCUAUGUUUAUUGCACUCUCAAAGGCCCACUUGCUAGACUCCCUGGACCAUGGUAUUCCAACUGGACCGAUCUGGUGAGGAUAUACUAUGUUUUGUCAGGAAAAGGCCCUUCAUAUGUUCAAUCACUCCAUGAGAAAUAUGGUCCACUAGUCCGCGUUAGUCCUCACAGUGUCGACGUCUCCGACAUCACCGCAGCCCGUACCGUCCAUAACAUCAAGAAUGAGUUUCCCAAAUCAUCCUGGUACUAUUCUUUCAACUCGGGAGAGAAUCUCUUCACCACUACCGAUAUCCCAUAUCAUCGACGGCACAGGAGACUUCUGUCAGGACCUCUUUCUGAGACAGGGCUUAAAGCAAUGAUCCCGGUGAUCGACGGGAAGAUCCAGUUGACCAUCCAAAGAAUGAAGCAAGAGAUGGAAAGCAGAGGGGCCGUGGAUAUCUUGAAAUGGUGGCUGUUUUUGACUACUGAUGUGAUCGGUCAGCUGACCUUCGGAGACUCGUUCAACAUGCUCGAGACUGGCGAGAAAAACCAAUACAUCCAAGAUCUCGAAGAUUUGGCGGCAUCGUCAGGGCUCAGAAUGGCGUUCCCAAAGCUUUCGCUGCUGGCUGGAUACUUGCACAUCCCGGGCCUCCAGAAUGCCGAGGUGAACACCAAACGCCUCGUCGCCUACUCCGAGGAGUCGCUUGAGAGGCACCGAAAACUCGUGGAGCGUGACCCAGAAAACUUCCCGGCCACGCUGUUCUCCAAGCUCUACAAAGCCGGCGAGGAGGGCCUGUCGCCGGCUGAGCUCCGCGACGAAGCCCAGGCCUACAUCAUCGCGGGCAGCGACACGACGUCUAACACGUUGACAUACUUGGUCUGGUCUGUUUGCCGGAGUCCCAUAAUUAAGACGAAGCUCGUGGACGAGCUCUUGACCGUGCCCCCGAACUUUGCCUACGACGACAUCCGCGACCUACCGUAUCUCAACAUGGUCAUCGAAGAGACGCUGCGGCUCUACUCGGCCGCUCCCGCAGGACUCCCACGCAUCGUGCCGCCCGGAGGUGCCGACCUCGCCGGCCAUCAUCUGCCCGCUGGAUCGACCGUAUCGACGCAGGCCUACAGCUUGCACCGGGACCCGAACGUCUUCCCCCGAGCAGAGGAGUUUAUCCCCGAGAGGUGGGAAACGCCGACAAAGGGCAUGAAGGAUGCCUUUAUGCCAUUCGGCGGAGGCAGCCGAGUGUGUAUUGGCCUGCACUUGGCCCGGAUGCAGCUACGUCUGGGAACAGCACGGUUCUUCCACACUUUUCCACGGGCUGAGGUGUCUGGGUUGGAGAAGAUGAGCGAUGAGGAAAUGACGCCGAAGCUUUACUUCCUGAUACGGCCCCAGCAGAACCGCUGCUUGAUCCGAGCCUGGUAG